AUGGCGGAUGUUCGUAGUUUUACUGCACGUCCGCUAUCGAAACAGCCAAGGAGCGAUCACAAGGAUGCAUUCCGAGUAUACCUGUCAUCCUCCUCGCUAGCUGGCCUAAGACUCCGAGCCGAUGAUCUUUGCACAUUAUCUUCCGCCGAAGGAGCCCCGAAAACCGCGAUUGCUUGGACCGCCGUGGAGAACAUACAGGGCACCGUCGUGCAAACUUCAAGAACUCUCCAAGAGUGCUAUGGAAUCAAGGUCGGAGAAAAACUCGGCAUCACUAGAAUCGACGGUAAACUGGAAAACAUCAACACCGUUGUUCUGACAGACUGCUCAGACCCCGAGAAGAUCGAACGAUAUGGCUCUAUCUCAGCAGAGGAGCGAGGUCACUGGGAAUGGGCUUUGGAAUAUCAACUCUCAAGAUGUGAGGUUCUUACCAAGGGACUGAGCUUUGAGCUUGACCUCAAGGGUCAGCGUCGAUCUUUUAAAAUCGUGAACAUUCACGCAGAGAACUCGGUUUCCAGCCGUACUAUCUUCCGGUUCACAAAUACUACCAAAGUAUCCAUUGGAACCGAAAUCGAGGAAGCUCAACAGACUUCGUUUGAACUGCGUGUUGAAUCUACAGGCCUUGGUGGCCUUGAAAAGCAGGUCGGCGAUAUCAAUGAAAGCCUGUUCGAUUUCAAUGUCGACCCGCGCAGACCAGUCAUGCCUUCCUUUUACAAUAGCGGCCAUGGCAUUCUUCUCUUUGGUCCGAAAGGAACAGGAAAGACAUCUCUCCUUCAACAAAUUGAAAAGGCCGGCUGGCGACAAGUUUUCAACAUCAAUUCAUCAACUCUCGGAAGGAGUACUAGUGAGAGCGAGUCCAAAAUGCGCAAUAUGUUCCAAGAAGCUGCACGAUCCCAACCCAGCGUGAUCAUCAUAGAUCAGCUAGAAUUCAUUGCCCCGAAAAGAACAUCCCUCGACUCCCAGUCAUUAGCAUCCGUGCUAUGCCAGAGUCUGGAUGCAAUCCGUGAUACGUCCAUUCUCGUAGUGGCCGCAACACGACACCCCAAUAACGUCGAUGAUGCACUCAGAACUCCUCAUCGACUUGGCACUGAGAUUGAGAUCCAGAUUCCUACGGCGCAGGACCGAGCUGAAAUUCUACGCGCGCUUCGUGGACCUGCUUCUGGUGGAUUGACUGAUGAACUGGUCGAGUUGCUUGCUGAGAAGACGCACGGAUACGUCGGUGCAGACUUGUUCGCUUUGCUUCAGCUUAUUUGCCGAAAGGCUCGCCAACGCCAGAUGCUGGAACAAGGCCCUGUUGAUCUACCCACCAUUCAGACACUCUCGAUAUCUGAUUUACCAGAUGCCGAGGAUGGUGAAAAUGGCGAAAAUGUUGCUAUUGAAUUGAACAUCAGAGAAGUCGAUAUCUGGGCUUCACUUCAGGAGAUCCGCCCUACAGCCAUGCGAGAGGUGUUCCUUGAGACACCUAAAGUCAGAUGGACCGAUAUCGGUGGACAGCAUGAUAUCAAACGGCGCCUACAGCAGGCAGUUGAGAGGCCUCUCAAGCAUCCUGAACGCAUGAAGCGUCUCAACGUGAAGAGCAAAAAGGGUGUUCUGCUGUACGGACCACCUGGUUGCUCGAAGACACUCACGGUCAAGGCUUUGGCUACAGAAGCUGGACUGAACUUCCUGGCUGUUAAGGGUGCCGAGAUAUUGAGCAUGUACGUUGGCGAAUCCGAGCGCUCAUUGCGAGAGAUUUUCCGCAAAGCCCGCGCAGCACGACCCAGUAUUAUCUUCUUCGACGAGAUUGAUGCAAUUGCUGCUCGACGAAGCAGCUCUUCUCAGGGAGGCGUCAAUGUUCUGACCACUUUGCUUAAUGAGAUGGACGGUAUUGAGGAGUUACGGAAUGUGUUGGUCGUUGCGGCCACUAACAAACCUGAUGUUCUGGAUCCCGCGCUCAUGCGUCCAGGUCGUCUGGAUAAUAUUCUUUACAUUGGUCCACCAGACUUCGAGGCGCGAAAGGAAAUCCUGCGCAUCUGGACCAGUAAAUCUGUGAUCCAUGCGGAUGUUGAUUUGGAUGAAUUGGCGACUCUGACUGAAGGGUACUCGGGUGCGGAACUUGUCAGUAUUUGUGAGACUGCAGGUGAUGCGGCACUGGAUGAUGAAGAGGAAACUUUACAAGAACAGGAGAUUCAAAACAAGCACUUUGAGUAUGCCUUGAGUCAAGUCAGACGACAGAUUACACCGGAUGUCAUUGCAUCGUACGAAAAUUGGCGAGAUUCAUAA